AUGGGGAGGCGGAAGCGGACACUGGACGUGGACCUGCUAGAGCGCAGUGGUGUGGCGGCCGGCGGGAAGAGCCGGGGAAGGUGUACAAUGGCGGUCGGCGGCCAGCGCUGCGGCGGCCGAGCCCCAGCCCGCUUCCUUUUGAGCGUCGAGCGGCGGCCAUCCGAGCUGACGCGGCUGCGUCUGCUUGAGCAGAACCACCUCACCGAGCUUGCCUCCCUUCGGACGGCGGAGAAGGAGAAGGUGGAGGAUCUGAGCUGGCGGCUGACGGAGGUGGAGAAGCAGCGCCUUGCGCUGCAGGAGGAGGUCACCACCAAGUCCACGGAGCUGACGGCUACCGCCAAGCGCUGGACGGACGAGAUUGGCGCGCUUGAUCGCGGCUUGUCGGCGGCCUUCCCGGAGACGCAGGAUGCGGCGCUAGCGGCCGUUGGCGUUGCACGCGAUGCCAGGAGGCGGACGACUGGCGAGGGCAGCUCUGAGUACUUCACCAUGGAGGACUACAUGGCGUCCAUGGCUGCCCGCGUCGAGCCCAUCACCAAGCUUGGCUGGGAGCUUCGGAAGGCGGCUGAGGAGCUGGUGCCGAUGCUGUGGCCCGCGGAGGCGGUGCCGCAAGAUAUCUCCAGCCUCACCUCCUUGAUGGAACGGGCGCCGGAUCGCUUCCUCUACUGGAGGGAGUCGGCCACGCGCGCUGCAGACACCACAUCACUGGCCAUUAAGAAUGACUACUACAUCCUUUGGUUCCUUGCUGAAUAG